AUGAUAUCACGAUCACUGGAUGAUCAUCUACCUUCAUCUUCUACCGCUCCUCAUCCGCUGCAACGCAACCUUGCACCUCAUUUACAUCCAUUCCAAAAACCCAGAGAAUACACACGGGCCAUGACUGCCGUCAAGAUAGAUCGAAUGUUCGCCAAACCCUUUGUGGACGCAUUAGGAGGCCAUCAAGAUGGAGUGUAUUGUCUUGGUAAAGAUCCCAGACGAGUGGCUGUCGUAGCUGGCGGAGGAGGUGAUGGAGAAGUCAUCGUGCAUUCAUUAGCAUUGAGAAGACCUCUAUUGAAGAUACCAAACGCGCAUAAAGGUAUGGUUGGUGGAAUAUGUUGGACAUCAGAAGCUAAAGAUGGUAAAAGAGGAAUGAUAACGGCGGGUAAAUUGGACGGCACGAUCAAAAUAUGGAGAUCCAAGUUAUUCGCACCCGGAUUGAAAGACGAUGAAUCGUUCAUCGGAAAUGAAUUUGCUUCGGGAAACAGACUAGAAUCAAUGGAUAACCUAGAUAAUGCAGGUGCGAUAGGUGAAAAUGGUUUCGAUCUCAACGAAAACGAAGAUGAUGGAGAUGAAGAAGUUGGAGGUGGAUUAACAAUGGAUUUCAAAAAAAGAGAUAGGUUAGGUGAAAAUUUAGAACCAACAAUGACAUAUACAAGUAAAAAUGGUUUUAAUGGAAUUGAUCAUCAUAGACAAGAUAAUAUCUUUUCAACUGCAUCCAACACAGUUCAAAUUUGGGAUGAAAAUCGUUCGAACCCAUUAUCUACUUUACAAUUUGGUAAUUCACUGGAAACCGUGACUAAAGUGAAAUUCAAUCAAUCUGAAACUAGUGUUUUGGCAAGUGUCGGAAAUGAUAGAACAAUGUGUUUGUACGAUAUAAGAACAGGUAAAGCUGAAAGAAGAAUAGUAAUGCAAUUCCUUUCAAACGAUCUAUCAUGGUGUCCUACUCUGCCAACGACGAUGUUACUGGCGAGCGAAGAUCAUAAUUUGUAUACAUUUGACAUACGAAAUCUCAAUUCGCCCAGCCAAAUUUACAAGGGUCAUGUAGGAGGAGUCAUGGGAUGUGAUUGGAGUCCAACUGGAGAAGAGUUCGUUUCAGGAUCAUAUGAUCGAACAAUCAGAUUAUGGAAUCGAGAAUCCGGUAAAUCAAGAGACGUGUAUCAUACCAAGCGAAUGCAGAGAGUGUUCGAUGUGACAUAUACUCCAACAGCAGAUUUCGUUCUUUCAGCAUCCGACGAUGGAAAUGUGAGAAUAUGGAAAUCCAAUGCAUCGAAGAAACUUGGACCUGUAUCAACUAAAGAAAGACAAUCGAUUGAACAUCGACAAAAACUUAUUGAGAGAUAUUCAGCUGAAAAGGGUGUCAGAUCAGUCAAGGAACGAAGACAUGUUCCUCAAUCUAUACAUAAUGCUACCAAGCUGAAGAGAGAGAUGAUCGAGUCUAGGAAAGUCAAAGAAGAUAGAAGAAGAGAUCACAGUAGAAAAGGAAGAGACAAGCCCAAGGCAGAAAGGAAGAAAACUGUCAUUGUUGAGCAGAAAUAA